AUGGGUCGUAUGCACAGUAACGGUAAGGGUAUCUCUUCUUCUGCUAUUCCAUAUUCCAGAAACGCUCCAAGCUGGUUCAAAUUGUCAUCUGAAUCCGUUGUUGAACAAAUCAUCAAGUAUGCCAGAAAGGGUUUGACUCCAUCUCAAAUCGGUGUCUUGUUGAGAGAUGCUCACGGUGUUACUCAAGCUCGUGUUAUCACCGGUAACAAGAUCAUGAGAAUCUUGAAGUCCAACGGUUUGGCUCCAGAAAUCCCAGAAGACUUGUACUACUUGAUUAAGAAGGCUGUCUCUGUCAGAAAGCACUUGGAAAGAAACAGAAAGGACAAGGACGCUAAGUUCAGAUUGAUUUUGAUUGAAUCCAGAAUCCACAGAUUGGCAAGAUACUACAGAACUGUCGCUGUUUUGCCACCAACCUGGAAGUACGAAUCUGCUACUGCUUCCGCUUUGGUGAACUAA